AUGGCUACUCUCGAUUCCCUAAAGUUCGCCCUUAGGCAGAAAGCCACAGCAACAGCGUCAUCCCCGAAACAGUCGUUGUCCGACUCACAGUAUAGCGCCGGCUUCGACAUCUUGGUGCAGGGCUCAGGGUGGUUGACUUACCAAGACUUCAUUAUCCCUCAGCUAUCUGAGCAGCUAGCCCCUGUCUUCAACUCGCGUAUCCAUGUCUCGGUGCUAGAAAUUGGACCUGGCCCGAAGAGCGUAUUUGAAUAUCUACCCCACCAUCUGAGACGGAAGGUCAAGAGAUACACUGCGUAUGAGCCUAACGGCACGUUUGCAAUAAGGUUAGAAGAAGGACUUUGCUCUGCCACGGAGACGGAGUCCCCACUGCCCUGUCUGGAAACCCCGCCCGCUAUCCAUGGAAUUCCAUUCGUUCUGGACAGCAACACAGAGAGCGGUACUAGCGGUAUGAAUGAUGACGAAGAAAAGUUCGACGUCAUCCUGUUCUGCCAUAGUAUGUAUGGCAUGAAGCCUAAAAACAAAUUCAUCAAACGGGCGCUGGAAAUGCUUGUCGAGCGGCCAGAAGGCGGAAUGGUGGUGGUUUUCCAUCGAGACGGGACCUUGCACCUCGAUGGCUUGAUAUGCCAUCAGACAGCUUCUUUCCCCACUGGAGUCAUCCGUGUAGCAAAUGACGACGAGGUCCUGGACUUUUUUGCUCCAUUCGUCGCGGGGUUUGUUAUGCAGGAUGUAGAAGUGGACAAGCGUAUCCGAGUCGAGUGGAGUAAGGUGUGCCGCGCCUUGGGCCAUCAUGAGGAAACCGACCCAGACCAUCUCUUGUUCAGCUCGCCCGAUGUCAUGGUAGCCUUUACCCAACAUGCGACCACGUUGCCGGAGCUAACAGCGCAGGUGCCAUUGGUGGAGGGGGGCAUGACGGUUAAAAAUCGCGAGGCUCGCCUCCACCGUCCCGCCUCAAUUGUUAGGCCGACAGAAGUCCGACACGUCCAGCAGUGCGUUCAAUGGGCUCUGAAGCACAGUGUAGGACUGGCCGUUGUUGGUGGGGGGCACAGCGGCCACUGUCUCUGGCCCAAUGUCGUCUCGGUCGACAUGAGUGCCUUUGACCAAGUACACAUUCUCACGGCCGGGGAGGAUGGAAGCAAAUCCGGUUCCAACUCCGAUUCCGGUUCCUUGGUCGUCGCCGAGGCUGGGUGCAAGACAGGGGAUAUCGUCCGCAAGACCAUGGAAGUGGGCUUGUCAGUGCCUUUAGGAGCCCGCCCAAGCGUAGGCGCGGGGUUGUGGCUACAAGGUGGCAUCGGCCACCUGGCUAGGCUACAUGGGCUCUCGUGCGACUCCAUCGUCGGUGCCGUGAUGAUCAGCGUCGACUCUAGCCAGGUCCUCUGCAUCGGCCAUGUACCAAGCCAGCACCGGCCGGCCGAUGCCAUGCGCCCGGAAAACGAAACCGAUCUGUUGUGGGCGAUGAAAGGCGCCGGCACCAACUUUGGCAUCGUGAUCAGCGUUACUUUCAAAACUUGUGCGGCUCCAAACUAUUCGAUUCAAAACUGGAUUCUACCGCUGAACGACAACCUUGAGGCACGGCUCAAGCUCAGCGAUUUCAAUGAAUUCGUUGCUAGGAGGCUUCCCCGGAACCUCUCUGCAGACGCGUAUUUGUUCUGGGACAACAACCAGCUACAUCUUGGCGUGACCAUGUUCGGAUCUUCCACCACCUUUGAGACUCCCACGUUCAUGCCGGUAGGUACAAUUUUGGGGCCGGAAGCCACUUUCAAGACCGUGGACGGCCUCGGUCUGUUCGAGACCGAGAUGUACAUGUCUGGGAUGCACGGCGGGCAUGGCGGCGGCAAGACCUCCUCGUUCAAGCGUUGUUUAUUCUUAAACAGCAUAGGAGCAGUGAAUAUCGCCGACAUCUUGGUGGCGGCCGUUAAGACUCGUCCCUCACCACAGUGCUAUCUCCAUUUGCUGCAAGGUGGCGGCGCGGCUGGCGAUGUGGCGCCGGAUGCCACUGCUUUCGGCUGUCGAGACUGGGAGUUUGCCUGCGUGGUAACUGGUGUGUGGCCGCGCGAUCAAGAUCAAACCGAAGCUGCUCGAGCUGCCGUGCGGUGGGUUUAUAAUGUUGCUGGGAAAUUGUUGCCCUUGAGUAGCGGAGCUUAUGGCGCCGAUCUUGGACCAGACCCCAGAGACGCCUCGCUAGCGGCUAAGGCUUUUGGACCAAACGGGGCGCGCCUAGCCCGUCUCAAGCAAAGCUCAGACUCGCAUAAUGUGCUGGCUUACGCAUGCCCGCUCCCGAAAGCGCCGAAGAGACAGAAGCUCAUCAUUCUUGUUACGGGCGAAAGCUGCGCCGGCAAGGACUACUGCGCAGACGUUUGGGUCUCCGUGUUUACCACAUGCACCCGCAAGAGCCUCACGGCACGUGCAGUCAGCAUUAGCAAUGUGACCAAACAAGAAUACGCAGCGGCUACCGGUGCCGACCUGAGCCGCCUGCUUUCGGACCGUGGCUACAAGGAGCAACACCGACCAGCAUUGACGACCUUUUUCCAGGGCCAGGUGCAACAACGACCUCGGCUGCCGGAGGAGCAUUUUCUGCAUGUGGUAUACAGCGCCGUAGAUGUUGACGUGCUGCUAAUCACCGGGAUGAGAGACGAGGCGCCGGUCGCAGCCUUGUCACAUUUGGUGCCAGAUACCAGACUAAUCGAGGUUCGGGUCAAAGCUAGGGAAGAGCUGCGGCGGGUUCGCCGAGGGUGUCACGACGAUGAUGCCAAUGGUGAAGAUGGUAACGACAAUAAUGACAAGGACAGCAACAGUGGUAAAUCGAAUUUGACAGCCUUGGACUACCGCCCUAGUCUCAUUUUCGACAACGACACGACCGGAAACGAGGCGGCAAAAACGUUUGCCGAACAGUACCUGCUUCCCUUCUUGCACAAGGACCUGCAGCGACUGGCCGAUAUGGUGCGCUCGGUACCCGACUUUCCAUGCCCGAGCAUCGAGUUCCGCCACGUGCUCAACAUUUCCCAGCAGCCGGGUGGGUUGGCCCUGUGCACAUCUCUGCUGCAAACUCACUUCACCGGUGACUGGGCCAAAGUCGAUGUGCUGGCUUGUUGCGAGGUCGGCGGCUUUGUCUAUGCAUCGGCCUUAGCCGCGAGGGUCGACGUGCCCCUGGCGUUGGUUCGCGAAGCUGGCAAGCUUCCCCCACCCACCAUUUCCGUAACCAAGUCCCCGUCACAUAUCUCGUCGUCGGUAUUCAACGAUUCAAAAGAGAAGAGGAUUGAGAUGGACCCGAAUGUGGUCCGCAGAGGUGCGUCAGUAGUAGUAGUGGACGAUGUGCUUGCCACAGGGAAGACGCUUUAUGCGGUGCUACAGCUAUUACAUGAAGCUGGCAUCCGUGCUGAGGAUAUCAGCGUCAUGGCUGUGGCCGAGUUCCCUUUUCAUGGUGGUCGGGAACUGUUGCGCCAGCGUGGCUUUGGCAGAGUCAAGAUUCAAAGCCUUUUGGUGUUCGGUGGUGCUUAA